AUGACAUGGACAACUUUCAUGAAGUUUUUGUGCAUUUUUUUUAAUGAAGGUCAUCGAACAUUAUUUAUUGGUGUUCAUGUUCCCCUGGGUGGAAGAAAAAGCCAUCGUCGUCACAGGCAUCGUGGUCAUAAGCACAGAAAGAGGGACAGAGAGAGAGAUUCGGGACUAGAGGAUGGAAGAGAGUCACCUUCUUUUGAUACCCCAUCACAGAGGGUGCAGUUUAUUCUUGGAACUGAGGAUGAUGACGAGGAGCACAUUCCCCACGACCUUUUCACAGAACUGGAUGAGAUUUGCUGGCGGGAAGGGGAAGAUGCCGAGUGGAGAGAAACAGCCAGGUGGUUGAAAUUUGAAGAAGAUGUGGAAGACGGAGGAGAAAGAUGGAGUAAACCCUACGUGGCCACGCUUUCAUUACAUAGCUUGUUUGAGUUAAGAAGCUGCAUUCUGAAUGGAACUGUGCUACUGGACAUGCAUGCCAACACUUUAGAAGAAAUUGCAGAUAUGGUCCUUGACCAGCAGGUCAGCUCAGGCCAGCUGAAUGAAGAUGUACGCCACAGGGUCCAUGAGGCACUGAUGAAGCAGCAUCACCACCAGAAUCAGAAAAAACUCACUAACAGGAUUCCUAUCGUCCGAUCUUUUGCUGAUAUUGGCAAGAAACAAUCAGAACCAAAUUCCAUGGAUAAAAAUG